GAAGCUGCAGCCGGCCGGAAGCGCUGGGAAGAUGCAGCCAGCAACCCAAGCAGCAGGGGCUGCUGGAGAGGGGGCAUCAGAUACAUAGAGAAGACUUCUGCAUCUGCAGCAUCCGUCCAUCCCUUGCUGGCAGCUCUCUAAUUAGAUGGACGGGAUCCCCUCCUGGGCAGAGGAGGGAGAAGAAAAGGGCAUUUAAAUCAAAGCGAUUGCUUGGCAUGAAGAGGAAGGCGAGAAGGAGAAGAAGAAGAAGGGGUCAGAUCUGAAGUAGAUGUGGGAGAAAGAUAGAGGGAAACGCCUACAUAGCAAGGAGAUCACACACAUCUCUCCCCGAAGAGUCCUUCCUCCCUGGGCUGGGUUUAAAGCCCUCCCUGACAAUUUGCUGCUCUGGAUUGAGUGAGUUUAUUCCUCCCCAUCUAUGCAUCAGUAGGAAACUUUCCAGGAUCUUUAUGUUUUUAGUGGGGUUAGAUUGAGACCCGGGGGGAGGGGGUGCAGAUACCCCACACCUCCAUUACUUUGCGGUGGAUAUUGAAGGUGGUGGUGGGGAGUCUUGUGUAACCAUGGCUGCAGUUAACACCACUUCGUCCGGAAUGGCCAGUAAGACCAAGACUAAGAAGAAACACUUCGUGGCUCAGAAAGUCAAGCUCUUUCGUUCCAGCGACCCCGUGCUCAGCGUCCUGAUGUGGGGCAUUAACCACUCGAUUAUCGAACUCAGUCAUGUUCAGAUUCCCAUUAUGUUGAUGCCAGAUGACUUCAAGGCUUAUUCCAAAAUCAAGGUGGACAAUCACCUUUUCAACAAAGAAAACAUGCCAAGUCACUUUAAAUUCAAGGAAUAUUGUCCCAUGGUCUUCCGAAAUCUGAGGGAGAGGUUUGGAAUAGAUGAUCAAGAUUUCCAGAACUCCCUGACGAGAUGUGCCCCUCUAGCUAACGAUUCACAAGCCCGGAGCGGCGCGAGGUUCCACACCUCCUGUGAUAAGAGGUACAUCAUCAAAACCAUUACAAGCGAAGACGUCGCCGAGAUGCACAACAUAUUGAAGAAAUACCACCAGUUUAUUGUGGAAUGCCAUGGGAACACGCUGCUCCCGCAGUUUUUGGGCAUGUACCGGCUAAAUGUCGAUGGGUUAGAGACAUACAUGAUUGUUACGAGGAAUGUGUUCAGCCACCGCCUCUCUGUCUAUCGAAAAUACGAUUUAAAGGGCUCCACCGUAGCUAGAGAAGCCAGCGACAAAGAAAAGGCCAAAGAACUGCCAACUUACAAAGAUAAUGAUUUCAUAAAUGAUGGCCAGAAGAUCUGUAUCGACGAGAACAACAAAAAGAUGUUUCGGGAAAAACUCAAGAAAGACGUGGAGUUUUUAGCUCAGUUGAAGCUGAUGGACUACAGUCUGCUCGUGGGAAUCCAUGACGUGGAAAGAGCUGAGCAAGAGGAGGUUGAGAGCGAAGACAACGAGGGUGAAGAUGAAGGAGAAAGCGAUGGGACACAUCCCAUUGGCACUCCACCAGACAGCCCUGGGAACACGCUGAACAGCACAAGACCCCUAGCUCCUGGGGAGUUUGAUCCAACAAUAGAUGUGUAUGGAAUUAAAAGCCAUGACAAUGCACCAAGGAAAGAAGUCUACUUCAUGGCCAUUAUAGAUAUAUUAACUCACUACGAUGCUAAAAAGAAAGCAGCUCACGCAGCAAAAACUGUAAAACAUGGUGCCGGUGCGGAGAUUUCCACUGUUAACCCCGAACAGUAUUCUAAACGCUUCUUGGACUUUAUUAACAACAUUCUGACGUAACCUCUCGUGUUACCGAUGAAACAUCGUAGAAGGAAGAAAAGAUACCGAUGCAACGUGGGGGGAUAGAUCAACAGAACUCUCUGUAUCCAAUGCUCGCCAUACACUGAGGAUCCCCAAUAACUUGCAUCUUCUGGCAAAGAUGGUACUCGCAGGGAUUACAAAUCUCAGUCGCUUCCUACUCACCUUUUGACUCGAUCACGUUUCAGAAAAGAAAGAUAAACCAACUCUACAACGCGAGUUGCGCGAACGCAAAUGCACAGACUGUAACGAUAUUACAGACAGAUGAAGAAUUUCUUAUCCAGCAACACAAAUGCAUGUUUAUUAAACCGGUUCAAUGCGAUAAACUGUAGAUCAGUUUAUUUUAUUUUAUUUUUUAACCUAGAGUGGUGAGGGUGGUAUUUCAUUACAGAGAAGAAGAAAAAAGAGAAAAAAAGUUGGAAUUGUACAUUUUUUUCCAAUCUGCUUUUUUCUCCUCUCACCGCAAUUCAAACUCUUCACAUUUAAGUAUAGCUUUCUGAACGCUAGAAAUCAGAGGCAGGGUUACUGAGGACUACAACCACGGAUGCUUAAAACUUCAUUUCUACUCUUUUUGGACUCAUCAAUGCUAUCAUAACGCCUUGUUACACGUCUGCACUCUUUAAUAAUAAUCUGCACUCCGACUUCGGCCAUAACGUGUUUCGUUUUAAGGAGGCUGUCGGCCCCGGUCUGUGUUACGAGAGCUUUAAGCUUGUGUAGUUUUAGGCAAUACUAAUAACCCAGAAAUGUAAUAGUUUGGAAAAUGGCAAAGGGACAUAAAGGGUUAUUUUUUUAAUGAAAUGUAGGAAUGGCUGAAUUUCUUCUUCAUAUUUUUCCUGCCUCAGAGCUGUUCCCCUUGUAAAGCGCCCCGGCGGUUAAGGGGCUCAUGGACAGGGGUAAGGAAAGAUUUUUUUGGAGAUUAUUGUUUACAUUGUUAGAACUAGGGCAUUUUAUUAAUAUUUCCAGUGUGAUGCCUAAAUGUCUGUAUAAAACGUAACCGUGUUGCAGUAGAAAACACAUGGACACGCAUAACACAAAGAACAAACACGUCAGGGGUCACUGAUAUUUUACUGUUAUUCUAUCAUUUUGUUUUCUGUCCGUUUUUGUAUGUGGGCGACCCUAACAGCGUUUGGAAUCUGUGAACACAUUUUUAUGUGGGUCGGAAAAGUAUCCCGCAUUGCUAUGAACCCCUGAUGGCGGGCAUUUUGUUCGGACCUACUUAAUUGCGUAGGGGAUCUGUUCCAUUUGUGACAUACAUGUUGCUCUGUUGUAUUUCUCAUGCCGUUGGCGUUCAAAAUGUUAAAUAAAGCCCUGCGACCUUUCUUCAGAAUUUAGCAGCUUGUUGCAGAUUGGUGGUAGAAGUGGUAAAUAUGUGCCCAUGAGCAUACUGGGGUUAGUGGGAGUUAUAGUGUAACAGCUGCAUAGCCACAGUGCGGCUGGAAAGUCUUGGAGACGUUUUCUAUCAGUGCACCGAUGUAAGUCCUGCGCCCUUUAUAUAUGACAUUAGGUAGUCAGAACUUGAGUGUUGUAGCCAGUUAGGCUGCAUGACUGCCUUUUACAGAGCACAGGUAUGAUGUGUCAUUUGUGAUAUUUCAAUCACAUAAAAUAAUAACCGUU